AUGCCACAAGUUCUUUCCUCUUCAUCGCAUGAGAUCAGCAUGUCUUCCUCGUCUCAGUUUAGGAAAAGACUACCAAGUGAUAGAGAUGACCCAUUCACGGACAAGAAACCGAAAUACGAAUUAAAAGAAUCUCCGUUUAAUGUACAACGAAGAAAAAGUGAUACAAGUACAAAACAGCAGGAGGAAAAUGUUGAUGGUGGUGAGGAAGAAGAAGAGGAAGACGAAGUAAGUUUGGAGGUUUUAGAAGAAAUGCAUAAACUUGAAGAAUGUUUCCCCGUGUUGUCCACUGAUUAUAGAUUGAUCGACAAAAUCGGGGAAGGCACAUUUUCAAGUGUAUAUAAAGCAGAGGCCUUAAAUGGCAAGAUACGCCUAGGAUGUGAUAUUUGGAGAUCUCCCCCCCUCAAAAAGAAAUCAAAUCAUCACACUAAGAAGAGGAGCCCCAUUGUUGCCAUUAAACAAAUUUAUGUUACUUCAUCUCCCAAUAGAAUCCAUAAUGAAUUAAGUUUGCUUUAUACGUUAACAGGAAGUACUUAUGUUGCACCAUUACUUGACGCGUUACGAUACCAAGACCAAAUCUUGGCCAUAUUGCCAUAUUAUCAACAUGCCGAUUUCCGAGAUUUCUAUCGUGAUUUACCGGUAAAAGGAAUCAAGAAGUAUCUUUGGGAAAUGUUUCAUGCGUUAGAUUAUAUUCAUGACAAAGGUGUAAUUCAUCGAGAUUUAAAACCUACUAAUUUCUUGUACGAUCCAUUUAAAGGUAAAGGUGUACUUGUUGAUUUUGGUCUUGCUGAAAAAUUAACUACUAGCACAGGUACUAAAAAUCAGUGUCCUUGUAUAUCCAAGGAAAAACCAAUAAAUCGUUCUCAUUCUAAGCGACUUAAUAUUAAAGGUGCAUACCCCAAAACCGAUUCUAGGCCACCCAGAAGGGCAAACAGAGCAGGAACAAGAGGGUUUAGAGCACCCGAAGUUUUAUUAAAAUGCACUAACCAAACCACCAAGAUUGAUAUUUGGUCAGCUGGUAUAAUUGGAUUGUCAUUAUUGACGAGAAAAUUCCCCUUAUUUAACUCGCCAGAUGAUACCGACGCAUUAGUUGAACUUGUUUUGUUGUUUGGGUUGGAGAAAUUACAAAAGUGUGCUGAAUUACAUGGAUGUGGAUUAGAAAUUACCUUGCCUAAUGUAAAUCAAGCCCAUGGGAACUUGAUUAAGCUAGUUCACGAUUUCUUGAAACAUGAAGAUGACAAUGGUUGUUUCCCUCAUGAUAGUGUUAUUUACGACACCCUUGGUUUGUUUAACGAAGAAGGGGAUAGAUUCAUCAAGCCACAAUAUACCAAUUUAGAGCUGUUAAGUCAAGAAGAACGGGAUUUAGAAUAUGAGCGAGUUAGAAGAAGCAAUGAAGAUUACAAAGAUCACAAACAUUUAAUGGAGUUACUUUAUGGAUGUUUCAAAAUGGAUCCUACCAAGAGAUUAGAUAGUAAACAGAUUUUGAAAUUACCCUUCUUUGCUGAAUUAUCGCAAACGGAAGAUGAUGUUAUAUUAUAGUUGCUAUACAAAGGUUAUUCGUCAUAUAUAUCAUAAUAAUCGUCAUAGCUUUCAUAUCCACCUGUAGUUGUACCACUACUUUCAUCUUCAAACAGGAUCCUCCUUGAUCUUUUUCGUGAAUUAACAACAACGUCUUUUUUAUUAUUACUGUCGUUUGUAUUAGUGUCUUUAGGGUUAAUUAUGGCCUUGUUCCAACGUCUAUUUAAUUUCUUGAUUAAUUCAUUUUGUUCCGAUAAUGCCUGCAUUAUAGGUUGUUGAAUCUUAUGUGCAUUGAAAAUCUUUGAGUCUAAUAAAUCAUUAGGUGGUGGUGUUGGCAGUGCUUGUGGGAGUGUUGUCAUUGGGGAAAUACUAUUUAGUAAUUCCAAUUGUAAGUCUUUGGAGAUUGCCAAUUUUCGUUUAAUUAGCAUUGAUUGCUGAAUAAGCGUGUUUGGUUUACUUUUCUUUUUGUGACUUGGCGGUGGGAGUUCCAAUGAAGAAUCUAGCUGAAUAGGAUUGGCAUCUAUAUUAGGGCUUGCGAUUAGGUGAGGAACGGUAGUUGAAGGAGAUGUAGGUAAUAAGCUUGUUGGUGAGGACGACGCUUGUGUUGUUGUUGAUAUUAAUUCAUCGAAUUUAAGCUUAAAAUCUCGUUUCAAUUGCAAAAACUGACUAUGCUGAUCUGAUGUUUCUCGACUUUUCCUUCUUAAUUUGAAUAUUGGUCGGAUUAUUGACCUUGUGGGAGUGUGCGUUAUUUCCAGUUCUGAUUCUUCAUCGGAAAGUAAUACUAUACCUGAUUUUAACCGUUUUGACAUGACAUAUUCGUUAGUUAUGGGUGUGGUCAUUCCAGUACCUGUUCCCGCCACGGUGGUCGUAUCUGCAGUUGCUGCACCAGCCGCAUUGCUAGUCAACGACACCAAACUUGUAGAACUGUUAUUUCUGGUAUGGGGUCGAAUAACUUCAUCAAAGGAAAUGAUUGAGUUCCUAGGACUUUCCAAACUAACAAUCGACAUACUUCUGGCUGUGUUGGGGGUUGGGGCAAUAUUAUGUCCCUGAAUAGGAUGCGGAGGAAAAAUUGGACUAUGCAUUGUUGUGGGUGUAGAUAUCGCCGAGCCACCUCCAUGCGAAAGUGGUUGCAGUGGUAAUAUAGGUGGUGGAGGUGGUGGUUGCGGUGGGAGGACGGAUGGGGUCGUUGAACUAUACAUUGAAUGAUUUGAACUUAUGGAAGUGACUGAUGAUGAGCGUUGUCUUGAUGACAUAUUUUUCUCGCCUUACCUCAGGGAUGGGAAGGUAAAAUAGAGGAAAAACCGUCUGAUUAAGAAGAAGAGGUAGUAAAGUGGUUAAGGAUACGGUAGUGUAUGAAUCAAUUAGUUACAAACUGUCUAACUUGAACUGUGGGGAUUGGUUUAUUUGUUAUGGUUGGUUUGUUGUAAAAAAAGACUGGCGGGUCUAAAUCGGAUAAAUCACUUUUGAAAGAAUGUCUUAAACAAAAGAAAAAAGAAAUGCGG